UGGAUGCAAUAACGGCAGUUUGCGACAGUGCCGUGCACAAUUGCGCCGUUCUCCCGAGUGAAAUACCGGUUGACAAACGCAGUAGCAGGAUAAUACGAGGAAAGGACUAUCUCUUAUCUCAUCUGGUUUUUCAAGUACUGUGAAUCUUCAUUUGUACCAACAUAUCAUUUAAACUUUUAAAUGUGGAAACUGGACUGAGGACAGAGCGACGCAAGGGAAGGCAACUUAGAUUACAAAUCGGGGUUGUUGAAGUAAGUUGCCUCCCAAGCGGCGCUUUAAAAGGAAGGGGAGGAUAAUUGACCAAAACAACAGAGAAAAUGGACUAUGAUUUUAAAGUGAAGCUGACCGGAGAAAGAGAGAGAGUCGAAGACCUCUUCGAAUACGAGGGAUGCAAAGUGGGAAGAGGCACAUACGGUCAUGUAUAUAAAGCAAAGAGAAAAGAUGGAAAGGACGAUAAGGACUAUGCCCUGAAGCAAAUAGAAGGCACUGGCAUCUCCAUGUCGGCGUGCAGAGAGAUUGCACUGCUGAGGGAGCUGAAGCACCCUAACGUCAUCUCACUGCAGAAGGUGUUCUUGUCACAUGCAGACCGCAAAGUCUGGUUGCUGUUCGACUACGCCGAGCACGACCUCUGGCACAUUAUAAAGUUCCACAGAGCCUCCAAGGCCAAUAAGAAGCCCCUGCAGCUGCCCAGAGGAAUGGUCAAGUCCCUGCUCUACCAGAUCCUGGACGGCAUCCACUACCUGCACGCCAACUGGGUCCUCCACAGAGACCUGAAACCUGCCAAUAUCCUAGUAAUGGGGGAGGGCCCAGAGAGGGGGAGGGUGAAGAUUGCGGACAUGGGCUUUGCACGCCUGUUUAACUCACCGCUCAAGCCUUUAGCAGACCUGGACCCUGUGGUGGUCACCUUCUGGUACAGAGCACCAGAGCUGCUGCUGGGGGCCAGGCAUUACACCAAAGCCAUCGACAUCUGGGCGAUCGGCUGUAUCUUCGCAGAGCUGCUGACCUCUGAGCCCAUCUUCCACUGUCGCCAGGAGGACAUCAAGACCAGUAACCCCUACCACCACGACCAGCUGGACCGCAUCUUCAACGUCAUGGGCUUCCCAGCAGAUAAGGACUGGGAGGACAUCAAGAAGAUGCCAGAACACUCGACCUUGAUGAAAGAUUUCAGAAGGAACACGUAUACAAACUGCAGCCUUAUAAAGUAUAUGGAAAAACACAAAGUCAAACCGGACAGCAAAGCAUUCCACUUGCUGCAGAAACUGCUGACUAUGGACCCCAUCCGCAGGAUCACAUCUGAGCAGGCCAUGCAAGACUCCUACUUCCUGGAGGAACCUCUGCCAACUUCAGAUGUGUUCGCAGGCUGUCAGAUCCCCUACCCCAAGAGAGAGUUUCUGACGGAGGAGGAGCCGGAGGACAAGGCCGAGAAAGUAAGAAAUAAAAACCAGCAGCAGCAGCAGGCUAAUAACCACACCAACGGAGCCGGGCAUACCGGUAACCCUGACAACAGCCACGCCCAGGGCCCUCCUCUGAAGAAGGUGCGAGUGGUCCCGCCCACCACUACCUCAGGUGGCCUCAUCAUGACCUCAGACUACCAGCGCUCCAAUCCCCAUGCUGCUUACCAGAAUCCAGGACCAAGCACAUCACUGCCCCAAAACAGCAUGGGAUACUCCUCCACGUCCCAGCAACCUCCGCAGUACUCUCACCAGAGUCACCGCUACUGACCCCCCUCACCCGGACCCCUCACCCGGACCCCCACUCGCCCCCCCUCUCCCCCGCCACCACGCCCACUCGGGAGAAUGUACUGAGGGAUGUGCGAGUGGGUUAUUCUUAUUGUUUUCUUCAUGGCAUCAGCCUACUACCGCCAAAACCCCACCCCAGAGGGGCCCCCUCCCUGCAGGCCGUCUGGAGGCUGAGGGGAACGGGGCAUACGGUCUGGACCCAGCACUGCUGCGGAGCGGAGGCCCUGACCAGGAAGGCUGAGGAGGAGGGAUGUUGUCAGCUUCUCUCCACUCGUAACAUCAUAACCACAUCCAUUUGUGACCCUCAGAAGACAGAUCUCCAUAGCCGGUACUCCACUGCAACAGAUUCAAAUGAAGAUGACUCAGUUUGGGGGAGGGGGGGUGGGGGGGAGGUUUGUCUCCUGUCCUCCUGUACCCUACACCUCCCUCGUUCCCUCCUCCUCCCCUCGCCUCCUCCACCAAAACUCUACCCAGCCGGUUCCCCUUUUCCUGUUGAAGCUUGGAUGAGACUAAAGCUGCUAUGCGACUGACGGCAUCGACAGAGUGCCUACCCCUCUGUCCUCAUGUCUGUCUGUCCUCCUGUCUGUCUGUGUGUCUUGUCUGUCUGCCUCUACAAGGGCCUUCGCUGGGGACCGAACACAGCUGCUGACCGAACGCAGCUGCUGACCGGGACGUGCUGGGAGCAGGUGGGGCACCCACUGCAAGAACGAGGAAAAGAGAAAAAAAAAAAAAAAAGAUUUUAGUCGUUUCUAAUUUAAUCUGUUUUCUUGGUUCUGUGUUCAUGGUGAGGAUGAAAUCGGCUGAUGUGGUCAGCAGUCGUUCACUGUUGGCAAGCCUUAGAACUUCAUGAGAAAACCAACCAAUUGUCGAGGACAGCAGAUGGAACAUUGUACUGUAUUGUAUUGAAAUAUUUUACAUGAAGCAAGUAUCCUGACAAUAAAAGAGGAAAAACGGCA